CCGGUAAAAAUGCAAAACAACUGUCCAAUGACGUCAUAGGGUCGGUCGGUCGGGUCGGAGGGUCUGGUCUGCUUUUGAUGUUCCAAAAUUAUUUUGUGAAGAAAGAAUGAAUCAGAUUUGUUUACAGACUGAUUUCUGUAGAAAGUAAUGUGUAGUCUGACAACGAGCCCAUCAUGAUUCUACACCUCAAGUAAAUCAGGGGUGAGAGAGAUGGACGAGAUUUUGCUGCACAUAUCCCAAAGACUCGAGGCUCUGCAGGUGCUGCUCAGCUCGACCUUGUCCAGCUCUCGUGUGCACCUUCAAGAAUGGUCACAGCAGAUUGCCCCUGCUGUAUCGAGACUCAAAGAGAUCUUUACAUCAUGCCUUUACCAACUCAAUGGGACAGUCAUUAAUUUUCGUGACAAUGCAAGCGCAAUUUUUAUACGGACUUGGAACAAUGCCUCUCCACUUUUGACUGAUCUUCAAGAGCGCCUCUGGCAGAUCAUUCAAUGGCUAAAAGAAGUUUUUGCACAAUUUUGGGAUUUAGUCAGUCAACGCUCAAUAAGCACACCUAGUUUUCCAUCAAGUGUGUCUCCACCGAAAAUACCAGAUGGACUUGUUGGUAUUCCAAAAUUACCAAACGGAUUUGUUAAAUCUCUACCAUCGAACGAAACGUCUCUGCAGGCUCUCAUGAGCCAGCGAUCAUUAGGUUUUGCUAUCGGUUGUGUCGUCGGUCUCACUUUAGGCCUCAACUGGAAACAUAAAACAUUAUUUAGUCCUGUCUUUAUGAAAGCUAUUGCCAUUUCAUCAACAAAAGGAAUAGAGGGAGUCUCUCUGGUGGAUGAUGCACCAAGCCCAGUAAUACUCGAGCCUGAUCAAGUUUUGAUUGAAGUUGUCGCCAGUUCCAUAGACUCCGUAGACCUUGCAAUUUGUACUGGAUACGGUCGUGCCAUACGGAGACUUUUCGGCGUGUCGGAAAAGACCCUAGUUCUUGGAAGAGAUUGCUCUGGAGUUAUUGUUGAGGUUGGGCAAGGAGUGGCAUGGCUGGCAAGAGGAGACGAAGUCUGGCUCGCCCUUCCUCCGUGGAGGUCAGGAGCCAUGUCCGAACUGAUCGUCGCCAAAGAGCAGCAGGUUUGUUUGAAGCCAAAAAUGCUCAACUUUGAAGCUGCUGCUGCAGUGCCAUAUGCAGCCCUGAUCGCCUGGGACGCCGCAGUCACUCAGGGAGGCCUGAGUGCACAAUCAGCCAGUAGAAAAAGGGUACUGGUUAGAGAUGCUGGGAGCGCCGUCGGUUGUGUUUUAGUCCAACUGUGCAAAUUUUGGGGAGCCCACGUGACAGCUGUUGUCUCUGCAAGAGGCAAAGAGGUGGCCAGGCAGAUAGGUGCUUCGGAAGUGCUGGUCGCCAACAUUGAUCUGGACAUGGAGCUCCGCUCGAGGCCAAGAUACGACAUUGUCUUCAACACAGUUGGUCCUAGUCUUAAUGUGCUGUGUCAAAGAGCCGUCGAUACCGACGGAAAAAUCAUCUGCACUGCUCCUGUUGCCGCACCAGCAGACUCCUACGGUUUGGUUUUCGGGACCCUCUACGCCCUAUGGGCUAAAAUUAAAUACUUCUUACAGGGUGAAAGUUUAAUAAUCAAGCCGUGGGCACCUGUGAACCAAGGCAGGACUGUUUUGGAGCAAAUUAGAAAGUUGGUGGAAUCUGGGCAGCUGCAGCCAGUAGUGGAUAGGGUGUUUUCAGCAGCAGACGCAGAAUUGGCCUUCCAACAUGCCUCUUCGAACACUGCCGUUGGGAAAACGGUUGUUCACUUCAGGAAUCAAGCCAAAUGGCGCAUCCCUGGUUGGGAGCCGGGCAAACAUACUCUCUCCCCUUACCGUCCCUCCGUUGCUUUGCUUUCUCGAACUGAGCAAAAAUCUCUGCUCUGCCGAGUGUUUUCUCCUUAAUGAAUUACCAUAAAUUUAAUUAAAUAACUUGCUUGACUGGAUUGUUUAUCGAGCCCACCAUUUGGUCAAUUUGUUUCAGGACUUUGGGUCGAGGGCGCUGCCUAUCCUAGUUACAAUAAUAGCAGUUACUUAAUAAUAAUACGAUUACACUUUA